AUGUACGCUAUAAUUGAAACCGGAGGUGAACAACUCCGUGUAGAACCUGGAAGAUUUUAUGAUAUUCGUCAUUUUGCUUCAUUAAAAUCAAAAAAUUUAAGUUCUAAUACAAAAAUAUUAAUUUAUCGAGUAUUAAUGAUUCGUAAUGAAACUACUAUUAAUAUUGGACAACCCUGGCUAAAAAAUGCAGUAAUCAAAGGAAGAAUUUUACAUUCUCAUCUUGAAAAUAAAAUUACUGUUUAUAAAAUGAAUUCAAAAAAAAAAACAAGACGUAAAUUUGGACAUCGACAAAAUUCAGCUCGAUUUGUAGUAGAUUCAAUUUGUUUAGAUGGAAAAGAUUUAUAA